AUGUUAGACCUUUUGAUUUACGUGGGCGCUGCCCUCAUUGUCAUCCCGUGCCUCUACACCUUCACUGCAUCCGUCAUACAGAUGCGCCUCCCCCGACUGCAGAACAAGCGCAUCUGUCUGCUGAUCGCACACCCGGAUGACGAGGCCAUGUUCUUUGCGCCCACCGUGCUGGCGCUCACGAGACCCGAAACGGGGAACCAUGUCAAGAUUCUGUGUCUCAGCUCCGGAGACGCAGCCGGCCUAGGAGAAACUCGGAAGAAGGAGCUCGUCAAGAGCGCUCUUGCGCUCGGCGUUCGCCACGAAGGCGACGUCUGGGUCGUCGACAGACCAGACUUCCCCGACUCUAUGACCACCACCUGGGACCCCCACAAAGUCUCCGCCCUCCUCUCCGAGGCCUUCGCCCCCGCCAACCUCCUCCGCUCCUCCACCACCUCCAAAGACCCCCCGACCGCCGCCAUCGACGUCCUCGUAACCUUCGACUCCUCCGGCGUCUCCUCCCACCCCAACCACAUCUCCCUCUACCACGGCGCCCGCGCCUUCCUCUCCGACCUCAUGCGCGGCAAGUCCGGCUGGUCGUGCCCCGUCGAUCUCUACGUCCUCACCUCCGUGUCCAUCGCGCGCAAGUACCUUUCCGUAGUCGACAUUGUCGCGACGCUUUUCUCGUGGGCCGGGGCCGCGGGAAAUGAUGGCGGGAAGAAGAAGAAGGGCGGAAAGGAGAGGCCGGAUGCGUUGCUGUUUGUUAAUCAGCUUGUUGGGGGUGGUGCGUUGGGCGCUGCUUGGGGGGCUAUGACGGAGGCGCAUCAGAGCCAGAUGGUGUGGUUUAGGUGGUUGUGGAUUGUGUUUAGUCGGUACAUGGUUAUGAACGACUUGAGGAGGGAGACUGUUAAAUAA